AUGGCUCAGGCGAAGGAGAAGAAGGACAUGAACGCUCACCCCUUCUUAUUCGAGGACUCUUUCCAGGUGAAGAAUGUGGACGACUCGCGAUUCGAGCGGGCGGGACGGAUGGACUGUGAGUCCGUCGCCUUCACCACUAACAAUCUCGAAAUAGACAUCAACCACAUUAUCUACCCAGUCCAGGGUGGCGACCAAAUCUACGUUGCGAUAACCCGCAACGUGAGCCCUGCGGAUGAUCCCAGGAAGCUCAAUACUGCGUACGACCACGACCCUCGGCUACUCGGGCGCUCAGUGAUGGAUCACUUUGACUACGUCAUGUACGGCAAGGUCUACAAGAAGGAAGUCAAGAAGGAAGAGAAUCUCGCGACGGUGUGGGCAUCCUACGGCGGGCUGCUGAUGAAGCUGCGAGCGGAGGCUGCUCAGCUUGCGGACUUCCAUCUGAACGACAGCAUCUACUUCAUGAUGCGCAAGGUGCAGGCCGAUGACAUGGACAUUUCGUAG